GUUUUAGUUUUGUUAUUAAAAAAUAUAAAUUAUAAAAAUUGUAAAAUCAAAAAUGAGUGCUCCAUUUUACAGUUACGACCCAUGUGUGUGUACGGGGAUGCCAUGCGGGGCCUGCUAUCCGUAUUCGACGAAGCCGUGCAUAGCUUCGGGGAACGAUUUAAGGCCAUGCUCGGUGUGUCCGGGCGGCGGCUGUUCCCCAUGUCCUGCGCCCGUCAGGCCUUGUCCAGCGCCCUGUCCGGCACCGCCAAUCCUGCCUUGCUUGCCUCCAUGCCCGCCAUGUGAUAAGCCUGGAAAUCCCGUACCACCACCGGAUAGGAUCUGCGACUCUGUGGCGAUUCCAUGCUGCAGGCCCAACCGCUGCAAGCCUUGCCCAUGCUACUGCUGCACGGAACCUGGGGUGUGCUCUGCCAAGCGCUGCAGCUACCCUGGAGUAGCCGUGUGUGGAGGUUGUUGUGGCCUAUGCAUGCCUGUUUGGUGA